AUGGUUUCUCUAUCACUUCUUUUGGCUCAUCCAGCAAGAAAAUAUCCAUUGAUACAAACGGCAGCUGAUAUGCGUUAUUUGCACGAUUUGAAUGUACAAAUAUCCCAGAAGCGUCGAUCGGUCAGCGUAUCGAAGCAAAUGGACCGCGAUCUCUGCAAUCAGCACUUUGACACAUUCGAAACAUUCUGGGGAAGACCGGGACAUGGAGCACCUUCUGGUGAUAAGAUAAACAAAUUGAAAUUGGAUAAUUUACUCUAUGGCGCUCCAGAUACAUCGUAAGAAUCCAAAAAAUAAUUCAAAUGGCUACAUUGAAUUGAAUUUUGCCAGCUUGCCACGUUUGCAAGUUGCACAAAGUUUAACAUUCUUCAGUCAACUCCAAUAGGAUUUUAAAAAUGUCCUAAUGUUAGUUUU